CCGGCAGUUGGAUUGCGAACUGCAAGGAGUGACGCGAAUGGCGACCAAACGGCUGGCGCGGCAGCUUGGAUUAAUUAGGAGAAAGUCAAUUGCACCAGCAAAUGGAAAUCUAGAAAGAAGUAAAUCCAAGCAGUUGUUUGACUACUUAAUUGUCAUUGACUUUGAGUCGACAUGCUGGAAUGAUGGGAAGUGCCACCGUAGCCAGGAAAUAAUUGAAUUUCCAGCGGUAUUGUUGAACACAUCAACUGGAGACAUUGAAUCUGAGUUCCAUGCUUAUGUUCAGCCUCAGGAAUAUCCAGUUCUUUCAGAAUUUUGCAUGGAACUGACAGGCAUAAAGCAGGCACAAGUUGAUGAAGGGGCCCCUCUGAAGAUUUGCUUAUCUCAGUUCUGUAAAUGGAUUCAAAAGAUUCAGCAACAGAAGAAAGUUAUUUUUGCUACUGGGGUUUCAGAGCCUUCUACUUCUGACGUAAAAUUAUGUGCAUUUGUUACUUGGUCAGACUGGGACUUGGGGGUUUGCCUGGAGUAUGAGUGUAAAAGAAAACAGCUGUUAAAACCUGUGUUCUUAAAUUCUUGGAUUGAUCUCAGAGCAACUUACAAGCUUUUCUAUAGGAGAAAACCAAAAGGACUAAGUGGUGCCUUGCAGGAAGUGGGGAUAGAAUUCUCAGGACGAGAACAUUCUGGGUUGGAUGAUUCUCGGAAUACUGCCUUUCUUGCUUGGAAAAUGAUCAGGGAUGGUUGCCUAAUGAAAAUUACAAGGUCCUUGAACAAGGUUUCCACUAAGAAGAUUCCCAGCAUUAUGGCCAGAAAUUUGAAUACAAAUGAAAUUGAAGAAACAUCUGCCUGCAACAUUAGCAUACAGGGUCCCAGCAUAUAUGAUGGGGAGCCUAAAAAUACAAUAAAUUCUCAUGAAAAAGUUCAAAUGGAGUCAAUUUGUGCAAAUUCUCCCGUACAGCAGGAUCAAUUACAAGUAAAGACUGUAAAAGCAGGUCUUCACAAUGUCAAAAGCUGCUUGUCUCUUUUUAAUAUGAAGUCCUCUACUUCUCUGGGGCAGUUGCAGUCUCCUACCUUGAAUUCACCCAUCUAUAUACAAAAGCAAAGAAAAAAUGAACAUCUUGCAGUUAAUACCAAAUCUAAGUCUUCAAUAGGUUCAGAGUUGGUACUUGUUUCUACCACCAUUUCAUCUGUUAAUCAUGUUUCUGAUAUGGAAAUGAGUUCUGCUCUUGACUGUUUACCUAUGUUGACUGAUUGGGAGGAUGUAGUUUUACUGCCUGCCUCUCAGCCUGAGCAAAAUAUGGAUUGUACAAUUCCCAUUAGUGACUCAGAUACUUCAUUUAAUUCUGGAGAAAGAUUAAUGGUUUUAAAAGAAUCAGAAAUGCUAAGUUGUGAAAACUUGGGAGGCAUAGAAGAAACUCCUCAAAAAUCUGAGACUUCUAAGUCUAUUGUGUAUAAGAGUCCUCAUACUACUAUUUAUAAUAUAAAACAAGCUAAAGAUUCAGAUUCAGAUGUUUUUGCCUUUAAGUUACCUGAACACAAAUCAACUACCUUCAACAGUGUUAAUGCCAAUGCAGCUCAUCCUUUAGUUUUGGGGAAAUAUCCUCUUCUCUUAGGUGGUACUAAAAGGAAUCCAUCCGAUCCCCCAGCAUUUCCACCAGCAAAAAAACAAACCUUCAGUAUUCAUGAAGAAAAGCCUACAUCAUCCGAUUGCCUCCCAGUAAGAAGUUCUUCCCGGAAGGUUCUCCCCUCUAUUUUAACAUCUACGGUUAACCUACAAGAGCCUUGGAAGAAUGGGAAAGUGACACCUCCCUUAUGCAAGUGUGGCCGAAGAUCUAAGAGACUGGUUGUUUCUAAUAAUGGACCAAACCAUGGAAAAGUCUUCUAUUGUUGCCCUAUUGGGAAAUACCAAGAAAACAGAAAAUGUUGUGGUUAUUUCAAAUGGGAACAAACACUUCAAAAGGAAAAAGCCAACAGGGUAGUUCUAUCUAAUUCUACAGAGGGACUCACUUUUAGUUCUCCAGAAACAAGCCAUAUUCAUGACAGAAAUUUAAGUUUUUCCACUAAAAAUUCUUUGAGACUCAGGCCUUCAAUGAGGAAUUGAUAAACUUUCAUGUAUGAAUCCUAAUUGUUCCUUGAAUUCCCAAACGUGAAUAUUAUGGUAAUGUUUUACACUAUUUAUAUUUCAUAUAUUAAUGGUUGGCGAAUUUAUCAUACUUUCUUAAAGAACCACAAAUGAAAUAUUUUGUAAACUGUAUUUAUUAUUAAUAGGUUCAAUAUAAUAAGCAACAAGGACUGAUAUCCUUCUUUUAUAGUUUGGCCUUGAAACAAGUCUUAAACUAUUUUUAAAUUAUUUGAACAAAAAUGUGAUAAAAAUUCCUAGUUUAUUUUCAAGUAGAUACUUGUACUUUGAGAAUUACAGUAAUCUUCUAACUAAUAUUUUUUACUUUUCUAAAAACUUCUGUAAGUUGUUUAGUUUUACUUCAUGGCUUGAACAUAGGUUCUGACUUGUAUAUCAACAUAUCAGAAGAAUUAUUUGAGUAAAGUUUGAAAAUCAAUGGGACAGAGAUUUGGUUCAGAAAAUCCUCCUACACUAUACGUUUAAAAAUUCCUCAGCAAUUGAUGGCAUUCUUUUUAUAUUAACAAAUUAUAGUAACAUUGACACUAACGCACAGGGAUUUACCAAAUAUUUCAUUUUAAAAUUCAGCCCUGAUGUCAUAACCACAAGAAAUUUUAAAUCAAUGGUUGCUAAGCAUACUACCACAUUUUUUUAUCUUGCAGUUUCUACAGAUUUAUAGAUACAAUAUUUGUUUUAUAGAUACCAUAAUAAUUAAUGGAAUGAAUCUAAACUAUUUUCCAUUCUUUCUUCCUUAGUUCAUUUCUUUUUAUCUUCCCACUGACAGUCUUUGGCAGCUCUGGAAUAAAUUCUACCUGUUGAUAUCAAGGAGAAGAAAGUUAACCCAGAGUUUUCAUCUUUAGAUAAAAGCCAAUUAUAUUGCAGUUAUUUGAAUUCUGGGUGAAAGAAUUAGGGCACCCACUGGGGGUAGGUUUUGAGUAACAAUCAAAAAAGGGAUGGGGAGGAAUUGUCGAGGAGAUUUUUCUUGAUAUUUAGUAUUUGCUACAAGUCCAGCAAACCAAAUGACCAAACAAAUUAGGUUAGUGGUUUCAUUUUAAUUUCAAAGAUUCUUAUUCUUAUCUAUAUGUCAUUAGUUCAGUUUGGAACAUUUGGUGUAGCAUGUUUGAAGAGAAUAUUCAUUAAAAGGAAAAAAUAAACAGCUGAAAUUUUCUAGAAUUCUGAGAAAAUAUUCAUUAUAAUUAGAAUGCCUACCUUUCUGGGAUAUUUGUAAGGUGCUGUAGUUUUUUUUACAUGCUCCUGAAUCUCCUUUUUAAGUUGUUCUUGAUCAUGUGACUCGUAAUCAGGGUUCAGAACAAUAAAAGCCUUUACUACCUAAAAUAAAUAUUUGAAACACCA